GCGCCAGCUGUAUUACCAGGUUUUAAACUUUGCCAUGAUUGUAUCUUCUGCUCUUAUGAUAUGGAAAGGCUUGAUAGUUGUCACUGGGAGCAAAAGCCCUACUGUGGCGGUUCUGAGUGGCAGUAUGGAACCAGCAUUUCAUAGAGGAGACCUUCUGUUUUUAACAAAUUUCCGGGAAGAUCCCAUUAGAGCUGGUGAAAUAGUUGUUUUUAAAGUUGAAGGAAGAGAUAGUCCUAUAGUUCAUAGAGUCAUCAAGGUUCACGAAAAAGACAAUGGAAAUGUCAAAUUUCUGACUAAAGGAGAUAAUAAUGAAGUUGAUGAUAGAGGUUUGUACAAAGAAGGUCAAAACUGGCUACAAAAAAAGGAUGUUGUAGGAAGAGCAAGAGGGUUUUUGCCGUAUGUUGGGAUGGUUACCAUAAUCAUGAAUGAUUAUCCAAAAUUCCAGUAUGCUCUUUUGGCUGUAAUGGGUGCAUAAGUGUUACUGAAAUGUGAAUCCUAAAAUGAGAAGCAAUUCCUGUGACUGGACUGAAAUAGAUUCUAUUGAAAAA